UUAGACUCUUUGUACAUCAGUCGUGUUGAAUUCUUGUGAAGAUGUCACAGUCAAACGGAAUAGUUAAUCCAAACGAGCAUUUGAGCAUUCCCGAAUGGAUCACUGAAAAGUAUUUCCAAACAGUCCUCGAGAAGGACGAGCCGGAUCAUGUGAAAGUAUUGAAAUUCACACCCGUGGCAGCUAUACCGCCCGGCGAGAACUUCACCUCCAUAAUGCUGCGUAUCUAUAUCGAACUCGAAAUGAAGGAUGGCAGCACAAAGACAAAAACCUACGUCUUCAAGACAAUGCUGCCCAACGAAAAGGGCGGAUCUGAUAUUGAGUUGUUUGGUCUGUUCCCCAAGGAGCUGAAGAUGUACCAGAAGUAUCUCCCCGCCUUUGAGGCACUCUAUAAGGCAGCCGGCGAAGACAUCCAAUUAGCUCCCAAGUGUCUACAUACUGAGCAACGAGAGGGAUGCAUCCACUUCAUAUUCGAAGACCUGAGCACCAGGAAAUUCCAGAAUGUUGAUCGCUUGAAGGGCUUGGACAUGGCUCACAUGACUAGAGCCCUCCACAAACUGGCGGAGUUCCAUGCAGCGAGCAGCGUGUAUGAAGAACAAAAUGGUCCCUACCCAGAUGAAUUUCUUGAGGGAUUCGUUUCACUUAAAACUGAAAAGUUCUCCAAAGACGGCUUUAAGCUGAAGGAGAAGUCUUUUAAAAAGUCUAUGGCAACAUGGGGCAUGAAGGAUGCCGAAAAAUAUAUAAAAAGUUUUCCUUCUGUAGAUGAGUAUUGGGCUAUGUCCGCCAGCACUCUGGACGCUGACCCUCUGGAUUUUAAUACGUUAACCCAUGGUGAUUUCUGGUCAAGUAAUUUCAUGUGUAAUUAUUUGUCCAAUGGGGCAAUCGAUCAACUAAUUCUGGUCGAUUUUCAAAUCUGCAAAUGGGGAAGUCCAGCGAUGGAUCUUUUAUUUUUUAUUACAAUUUCCGCUGCAAAGGAUAUUCGUAUCAAGGAAUUCGAUCAGUUCAUCUGCAUCUAUUGGGAGCGGUUAAUAGAGUGUCUAAAGCUCCUGAAGUACCAAAAGCCGUUGCCCAAGUUAAGAGAUCUACACGCAUCUCUCUAUAAAAAACAAAACUCUUUCUAUGCCUUCUUUGCUGUCUUCAACCACCUGUGCUUAAUUAUGUUUCCCUCUGAUAAGGACAGCAAUCUACAUAGCCUGACGGCCGAAACCGAAGAAGGCGAAAAUUGGCGACUUCGUGUUGCCUCCAAUCCUACUUAUGCCAAUGUGAUGAAGGACUUGUAUCCAUUUUUCUAUAACCGCGGAUUGUUCAACUUUGAUGAUUAUAAAACCGAAUGAGGUUGAAUAAAAACGAUGUUAGUAGACCGUAAAGGCUUAUCUAUUAAGCACUUGUUGUCUAAUCACGAUCUUCACAAAAAUCAUCUUGUGCAGGCAAUGAAUAGCUGCUCUUCAUAUGAUAUUUGAAUUAGGUAAUGUGUUUGACUUAUAAUUUACAAGUUAGUAAGUAAACUUGAGCUUAGUCACUUUAUCGAGGGAGUCAAACAAAUCAACAGUUU